GGCGAUCGAUCCCGCCCCGAGGUCUCCGAUCGUUGCGAUUCCGCUCGCGUCUCGACGGCGAUCGGCCGGUAUAUAAGGGAGCCGUAAAAAAGCAGGAGGCAUCAUUCCUCCGACGAUCCACCCUUCGAGUAGCAGCAACUCCACUCGUAGCCAACUCCAAAAUGAAGUACUUCGCUGUCGUCCUCGUUCUGGCCCUGGUGGCGCUUUCCGAGAGCAAGCCCCUGGAGGCGGAGUCCAUCGAGCCCGGCAGAGCGGAAGUGAUCAACGGGGACGUCGAGGCUACUCCCCGGGACAAACGCGGCCUCCUGGUUGGCGCGGCCUACACGGCCCCGGUCGCCUACAGCGCCUACAGCGCCUACACCGCUCCGGUGGCCUACACGUCCGCCUACAGCUACCCCUAUACGUACCCCUACUCCGCGUACCCCUAUUACGCGGCCACCUACAGCGCGCCCUACAUCGUGGCCUAGAUGCCCCGCUGUCGCUCCCCUAUCGCCUCCUGGACCGACCCCGAGAUCUCGACUUGGAAUCUUCCCUCGAUGUCUGCUAUUUUCACUCGGUACAUUAAUUUGGUAUCCUCACUCGAUAUCUGGUAUCUUGACU